CUUUUUCUCAUUUGAAGUGUGUCUCAGGGAAGCAAAGGAAGUAGCAGUUUAAUUUGGGGUGGGGAGGAGGGAUACUUUGGGGGCUGAAGCUGUGCCCUCUAGAGACAGGGUGACGGGUUUAUGCUGGCACAGCCUGUACAAGGGAGGCCUGAGAACCCACAGCCGGCAGAGAGAAAAAGGCUGCAGCAGUAGAGGAUGUUUUCUCAGAAGCGGAGUUCUACCUUCGGAGGGAGGUCUGAUGAGGCAGAACGCUGCUGCAUCAGUGACACCUUAGACUCACCCAUCCAGGACCCUGAGGCUGCCCAUAAUCCAGCUGUUCAGAAUAAGGCAGUCGAUUUGUUUGAAAUGAUUGAAAAAAUGCAGAGAAGUCGUUUGGAUGAGCAAAGAUGUUCACUUCCAGCUCCACUGAAGAGAGAAGAGGAGUAUAUUCCAUACCCCAGCAUCCACGAGGUGUUACAGAGAGGUUGGCCCUAUCCCCUCAUUAUCCUGCCCCAGUUUGGGGGUUACUGGAUUGAAGGGACCUCUCAUAGCCUGCCCAUCCCAGGUUCGGAAUUACACGACCUGCCGUCCCCUUGCAGUGGCAAAGUCAAGCUGGAGUGUGACCCAACAGCCAAGGUCUACCGCAAGCACUUCCUAGGAAAAGAGCAUCAAAAUUUUUAUGCUAAUGAUUCUUCUUUGGGCUACUUGGUCCUAUCUGUGAAGUAUGAACAAGUUGAAAGGCAAGAUAAUCUCCGUCUGCUGCUGAGGGUUCGAACCAGUACCAAGCAUGACUUGAUUCCUAUUUCCUGCCUGAAUGAGUUCCCGAAUGCUGUGCAAAUGGCAAAGCUGCUGUGUGAGGAUGUGAAUGUGGACCGCUUCUUCCCUGUGCUGUAUCCCAAGGCUUCCCAGCUCAUUGUUGCGUUUGAUGAGCAUGUCAUCAGCAACAACUUCAAAUUCGGAGUCAUCUACCAGAAAACUGGGCAGACCACAGAGGAAGAAGUCUUCAGUAAUACAGAGGAGAGUCUGGGCUUCUUGGAAUUUUUAGAUCUCCUUGGAGACCGGAUCCAGCUGCAGGAUUUCCGUGGAUUCCGAGGUGGCUUGGAUGUUACAAGAGGUCAAACAGGAGCCGAGUCUGUCUACACAAAUUUCCGUGGCAAAGAGAUCAUGUUCCACGUCUCUACCAAGUUGCCCUUCACGGAAGGAGAUGCCCAACAGCUUCAGCGGAAGCGCCACAUUGGGAACGAUAUUGUGGCCAUUGUCUUCCAGGAUGAAAAUACUCCUUUUGUGCCUGACAUGAUUGCAUCUAACUUUCUGCAUGCCUAUGUGGUAGUGCAGCUCCAUCACAGCGCCCUUGGGGAGACUCUCUACAAGGUUUCUGUUACAGCCCGUGAUGAUGUUCCCUUCUUUGGGCCCCCUCUGCCAAAUCCAGCAAUAUUCAAAAAGGGUGCAGAAUUCCGUGAAUUUCUCCUGGCAAAACUUAUCAAUGCAGAAUACAGCUGCUACCAUGCUGAGAAAUUUGCUAAGCUCGAGGAGCGAACCCGCAGUGCCCUCCUGGAGAGCCUUUAUGAGGAGUUGCAAAUUCGUAGCCGCAGUAUGAUGGGCUUGGCCUCUGGCGAAGAUGACAAACUAGAGAAUGGGGGUGGUGGCUUUUUUGAGAAUUUCAAGCGGGUGAUCCGGGGCCGUAGCCAGAGCCUGGAUACCAUGGGGAUAGCCAUGAAGAAGCAGCAGCAGCCGUCAACUCCACCCAACCGCCCGGCUACUGCUGGUCUUGCCCUCAACCAGAGUGUCGCCGAGGGCCCCAAAGCCAUUGCUGCGUCCUUUGCCCUACCUGGGAGAAGCCCGUCACGCAACCGAGGCAACCGCUUCAAUGGGCGACGUAGUAGCGCCAUUGGCAUUGAGAACAUCCAAGAGGAGAAGAGCAAAGACGUUGCUGAAAAGAUACAGAAGGUCCUGGAGAGUCCGGGACCCUUCUUUGACCUCAAGUCGGAUGGCUCCUCCAGUCCCAGCUCCCCAGAACUACCCAACAGGAAGAGCAACAGAGCCCUCUCCAGUCAGACCUCAGGGUAUUGUGUGAUGCAGCCCCUGUCCCGUUCCUCGUCCAACGUGAGCAGCUGUUGCAGCGGAGUGAGAGAGAAUGAGACGUCAGAGGAGGAGGAGAACGAGGCGGAGUUGAUGUGCUCCCUCGAAGGUCCCCAGAAGCAGGACUCCCUGGCUCAGAGCGCAUGGGUAGAUGAUAGCGUCUGCACACCCAGCAGUACCAGCUCUCCAGUAACUCAGCUGCUCCCUUCUAGCACUGCUGCAGGCUCCAUGGAAAAGGGGAAAGGCAGUAAAGUGGAUGCUCAACGUUACAGUCCAGCCUCCAUUUUGUGCUGUGUGUGAUGCCAUCGCUGGAGGGGUGUCUCAGUGCAUGCUGGGUAAUUCACAGGAUUUGCUGCUGAAGUGAGACUUCACAGCACUUCAUCCUGUGGUUUGGAGGAGACGUUACUGGAUUCCCAGAAACUCCUGACCUGGCCCUUCUUCAUUCAGUGUCAGCUGCACCACAGGCAGUAAGGAAACCAACCAUGAAGUCCAAAUGUGGCAUUUGCUCAUCCAUCUGUGUCAUUCCAAUUCAGCAACCUCAGGAGGGCAGAACCUACCUAAGUCUAAAGGGGGGGGGGAGGGUCUCCCAUCUGCCAUAGCUUCAGAAGCAAACGAGAGGGGCCCCUGCUUUUUCUGUUCUUAGUACUGCUACACUUUAAGUAUCCAAGAUCCAACGUGGAAGGCGUGGAGUGUCCCAAAGGUGGGCUGCAUCUAUACCCAUUCUUCAGUGCGCAGGCCUCAAAACCAUAGGCACGAAGAGCAGAUCUAAUCGCUCCAAGGAUUAUAUCUGGUUUGUAAGCAUCCAAGUUGUGCAUUAUGCAGCAUAGGUAGGACAUACUUUGCCAAAGUGCGCCUGUGUUUGAUAGUGGGAGGGAUUUGUGUUAUUUCAUCCUUCAUGGGACUCCCCUGGUCUUUACCACUAUUUCACUUUACCACCACCACCCCUUCCCGAGUCUCUGUGCCAUCAAGAACCUGUAAAUGUGAAUCUGUGACCCCUUGCUCCAUGCUUGUUGUCUGUGGUGUCUUGGGCUUGCAAUAAAAGACUACUGUGACCAAUACAUUCAUUGUGGUUUCAC